AUGCGGCCGCGCCGGGACCGGGCGGGACGGGGACGGGGAUGGGAACGGGGACGGGGACGGGAACGGGGACGGGGACGAGUCGCCGCCGCUGCCACGGAGGGUGAGGAAGAGGCGGCCGCGGAGCAGCCACUCGGGAGGCUGGAAGCGGUGGAGGGCGAUGGCGACAGCGAGGACGGCGGGAGCGUGUCGGGGGCCGAGGAGGCGGAGGCGGCGGGGCCCGGCGGGAGAGAUCAGUCUGACAUGUCUUUUGAGGAACUACUGCAGAUGCAGAGUGAUGCAAGAACAAGAGUGUGCAAACAGAUGACCAGUGGAAAGAAAACUUCAAAACCUACCAAAGCUAUGCUGAAGCAGCAACAAGGCAAAAAGGGACCAUUAGAGAUGUCUGCCAAGAAGCCUGUGCCUUUUCUGCGGCAAGUCGUCUCUGUUAGAAAGAAGGUCCACAGAGACCCUCGAUUUGAUGACUUGUCUGGAGAGUAUAAGCCUGAAAUAUUUAUGAAGACGUACAGCUUCCUGGACAGCAUCAAGAAGCAGGAGAAGGAGAUGGUUCAGAAGCAGCUGAAGAAAUGCCGGAACACGGAGCAGAAGGAAAAACUUCAGCAGCUUCUGAACCGUAUGACACAGCAAGAACAGGCACAGAAAAAACAGCAGAAGCUGAGGGAGAGAGAGCUGUCUUUGAAGAGACAACAGAGGGAAUUGGCCAAGCAGGGAAAGAAACCCUUUUUCCUAAAGAAAUCUGAGAAGCGGAAAUUGGAGCUAGCUGAGAAGUAUGGAGAGCUGAAGAGGAGUGGAAAGCUGGAGAGCUUCCUGAACAAGAAGAGGAAGAGAAAUGCCAUCAAAGACAAGCGCCGUCUGCCCUCACAGAAGAACUUGUGACGUUGGACAGACGUGCUGUUGUCUGGAACUGGGACUCAUUCUGCCUUGGCCAGGCCUGGAAGAUGGAUAUCCUUUUUCCCAGUAUCUGCCUUCCACUGCACAGUGAUGCUGUAAGGCAGCAGAGCAGAGGCUGAACUGAAGGAAAUAGUGAGUUUUUUGUAGCUGAAAUAUCCUCUUAGCUUGUGGUUUAGAUCAUGGGUGGUGACAAGUGUGUCGUGCGGAUGCUUAUGGUGUUGACAGCUGUUUUUGUCCUUGCACCUGCUCAUUUUUAACUCUAGCAAGGACUCACUAACUCUUGCAAGGGCUGAGUAAAGGGAAGAGGAUCACACUGCUCUGCCUGGGCUGUACCUAGUGAUGCAGACCCAGGUGAGGCUGGCCUUCCUCUCAUGGGGUAUGCUGCUGACUGCUCAGCUACUGCUAUUCAUUAUCUCUCCUUCAGAGCAGCUUGGCUUCUCUCCUUGGCUUCUCAAGGUUGUCUCCACAGGGCUGUUAGUGCUUCUGGGAAACUGAUCCCGUAUAAAAUAAAAUACUGGUUUUCCUUUAUUCCCAGUGUGGUUGCUGUUACAGUCAGAAGUGUUUGAACUUAGGGGAACCAGCUCUCAUGUUUCUCCUUGCUCUGGUUGCCCCGUCUGCUGUGGUUGUGCUGAUAAGGAGGUGACUUGGAUGAUCCCUGUCUGACAGGUCAGAGUGGGUGCUGCGAGAGUGCCUUGGCUCUGCAGGGCAGGGCAUUGCCUGGGCACAGCCGUGCUGUGUGUGGGUGGGCCAGAGUUGUGUGGGCACAGGCCUUGAUAUAAGCAAAACAUGCAACAAUGAGCAGCUCAGUGGGCCUGAGGCUGUCGCUAAAGCACCUGCCUCCACUGCAGUUCCCGUGGGUGAUGCUGUGGUGACAGGUCUUAAUGGGACUGGGGGAAAGGCAGUAGAAAUGGGAUGUGCCAGCUUGGCUAGAGAUCUGCUGCCACAGCCUUGCUGAGGGGCCAUGUGGCAUUCCUCAAGCAUUUCUGAGUACGUGUCCCCAUGCCCUGGUGCUCAUAGGUCCCGUACAGGAGGUGGCAAGUCUGGUGGACUCCCAGAGUGGUCCUCCUUUCUCCUCCUGCCCCUCUGGAGCCAAAGGGCAUCUUCCUGCUGAGGCCUGUGCAUCUUACUGUGUUAUGGUUACAAAGCAAAGGGGUGGAGCUUUAGUGUUGAAUAUUUGAUAUACCCGCGUCACAGUGAGCGGGCGUGGUUUCCACCAUAAACACGCCGAGCCAGUGGAAGUUCGGGUGGUCCUACGUCCGGAAGCUGCCUCUGUAUUGUUAUUUGUUUUACCUCAGUAAAAUUGUGACUAACGUUUUUUUAA